AUGAGCGACCUCGACAAGGCCAUCGCGCAACUGCGCGCAUGCAGACCUAUUCCCGAGCCUCAAGUGCGCGAACUGUGUUACAAAGCGCGCGAACUGCUCAUAGAAGAAGGCAACGUCGUCACCGUCGAUGCUCCGGUCACGAUAUGUGGCGAUAUCCAUGGACAAUUCCAUGACCUCAUGGAACUCUUUCGUGUGGGAGGUGAUGUCCCGGACACAAAUUACCUGUUCAUGGGCGACUUUGUCGAUCGGGGGUUCUACUCUCUUGAAUCAUUUCUUCUUCUAUUGUGUUUGAAAGUCCGCUAUCCCGAUCGCAUUACACUCAUUCGCGGCAAUCACGAAUCCCGGCAGAUCACCACGGUAUACGGCUUCUACGACGAAUGCAUUCGCAAAUACGGCAGUGCGAAUGUGUGGCGGUACUGUUGCGAAGUCUUCGACUACCUUGCGCUCGGCGCACUCAUCCUCGGCGCAACCACCGACGUACCACCGUCAACGUCUCAGUCAUUCAACGACAAUACCCAGUCCACGCUCCCGCCCGACGACGACGAUGAUGUCGAGUCAGAAGUGUUGAAUGCUAACGGCGAUCUCAUAAGCAAGACUCUCCGCCGGCAAUUUGCUGGCUUAAACCUCAACUCCCAAUCCUCCGUAAACGCCGGUCGCAUAUCACCCGCUCCGGACAUGGACGUCCCUUCGCCGCUCGAUCCAACCUCAUCUCUCCCCUCGCAAGGCUCUCCAGGGGCAUCGCUAUUCAACCCACCCACAUCAACAACCGGCGCAGUCUUGUGCGUCCACGGCGGUCUGUCACCUCUAAUCGACACAGUGGAUAAAAUCCGACUAAUAGACCGCAAACAAGAAGUGCCGCACGAAGGUGCGAUGUGUGACCUCCUUUGGUCCGACCCCGACGAGAUUGAAGGCUGGGGCCUGUCCCCUCGCGGCGCAGGUUUCUUGUUCGGUGCGGAUAUUGUCCGUCACUUCAACCACACGAACGAUCUGUCGUUGAUCGCGCGAGCCCACCAGCUCGUCAUGGAAGGAUACAAGGAGAUGUUUGACAAGACAAUAGUAACAGUCUGGUCGGCGCCCAACUACUGCUACCGAUGUGGCAACGUCGCUGCCAUUCUCGAACUCGGCGAAGACGGGAGCAACGGCGGCUGCAUCACCCGCGCGAACGGCGACCAAGGACGCAGGGAACCGGUCGGAGGAGACGGCAACGGUGGCGGCACCGGGGUACUCUGGAACCUCGCCACGCCAGGACGGCGGUACAGGGUGUUUGAGGCCGCGCCGCAAGGCACAAGAGGCAUGCCAGCUAAGAAACCCGUCGGCGAGUAUUUCUUGUAA